CAUUUUAAGACAUGUCAACUCUUUCUGUUGGCAAAGAAGUUCAUUGAUGUCAACAAAUUGGAUGAUAAUACGAGUGAUGAACUGAUCCGUUGUGUGCGUUUACCACUCAUGAGAUACGGAGACCUCUUUGGUAUUGUCGUAAACAGUGGUUUAGUGUCACCCAAGAGGUAUCUGGAUGUGUUGAAAAGCAAAGCCAGGAUAGAUAAGAUAAUUGCGGACAAAUUCUUGAAUAUGACACUGGGCAGUCUGGGCAGUCUAUUGGGAGCCAAUAUGGACAAUACACGCCAUGAAUUGUUGAAGAAUAGGGCGCUAUUCGUACCCAACAUUAACCUCUGCAGCGAUCAGUUCCGAUACGAAGUGAUUUCCGGAAGAAUAGACAUAAUUGAAGGGAAAGUCGGCUCAAAAGUUGGUGACUAUUCGCACAUACAGAUAGAAAGCUGCGGUUUGACUGACGGCACCGGUAGUCAUAUUCAAAUGCGUAUAGUAGACGGACAAGCGGUACGGUUGGGUGAGUUCCCGUGGAUGGCGUCCAUACGUAAGAGCAAACCAAGUGGUGAUGAGACCAUUGACUCCUUCUGUGCCGGUGCUAUCAUUGCCAACCAUUGGGUGCUAACGGUUGCCAACUGUUUCAUACAACCAGAGUUUCAAAAGCCAGAGAUGGUAUCGGUAUCCAUGGGGUCGACCAACAAAGACAUGGGUCGGCGCUUUCACGUGAAGAGCAUAAGACUCCAUGAGGGCUGGGAUGGCAAGAGUUGGACCAAUGAUAUGGCGCUCGUAAGACUGGCCGAAGAGUUUGAGCCCUCAGUGUUCAAAGACAAUAGCAGCGGUCGACCCAUGUAUAGCGCUAACAGUGUAUGCCUACCGGUGCGCGACUGGUUUCAAGGGGGACAGGAGUCGGCGGUGUUCAGUGGUUGGGGUUUUGUGGACAGUAAUGUCACUCAAGAGGACAAUGAGCUGCAAAAAGCCAUGUAUACGAUGGACGAGUCGGCGAAGUGUGAUGUGAGACAGGUUUGCGGACUGGAGUCCAGACAUGUGCCCUGUUUUGGAGAUGCCGGCGGACCUCUCGUCCAGUUUGAUGAUAAAAGGGCUGUACUGUUAGGCCUGUUCACGCAUAUGAUACCGUUGGCCAAUAGCACCGUUAGCCAACACAUGUGCGGCCCCAGUAGGCUGUACUUCACUCGUGUCUCGUAUUAUAUCGAUUGGAUAGUCAGUACCAUCGAAGCAGAUAAUCAAAGAAUUAAAGCACAGGAAUCGAGUUUACGGCGAAAUGCGUUUGUGUUCUCGCACGUAGGUCUGUGCGCACUGGUAUUCGGCUACUCGAUAGUCGGUGCCUUUACCUUUCGGGCCCUGGAGGCGCCCAAUGAACUCAAUUACCGGCAUUUCGUGGCUAAUGAGAGGUUAAAGUUUGCGGACACCCUCUGGACUAUCACUCAAAACAGUUCAGUACUGAAUCAGAAGGAGUGGUGCGAUGAUGUGUCCAAAGAGUUGGAAAAGUUGGAGAAAUCACUGGUCAUUGCAUUGAAAUAUAAUGGUUAUGACGGUUUAGCGCCAGUAAUGACUGAAUUGCUAAUCAAAUACAAGUUCUUAAACUUCAAAAUCAAGACAUUUUCGAGUGAACUGUGA